AUGGCGACACACCGAGAUGCCAAGUUCCCAGGGAAACCGUACAUCGACCCGGCUCCGAUGCCCUCGAGCCAGCCACACAUCGAUGAGCUUGGUGUGACGUCUGCACCGCUCAAGUCGGCGAGCUUUUUCAUCGGAGAGCACUGCAAGGAUGUCAACGAGGACUUCAUGCUUUGCAAGAACGAGAGCCGUGACCCAGCACACUGCCUCCAGGAGGGUCGUCGUGUGACGAGAUGCGCGCGUGAUCUCAUCAAGAAGCUGAGCGACAGCUGUGGCAAGGAAUGGGAAGCCCACUUCAACUGCCUCGAACAACACAACCAGGAGUUUUACAGGUGCAGGAAGCCAGAAACGACACUCAACAAGUGCGUCUUCGAGAAGCUGAAGCUGGCCAAGAACAUUCCUGGCUCGCCAGAAGGACAACCUCAGAUUCACGAAAAGAAGAACCCAGUAUGGGGUUGA